AUGUCACAAGACUCAUGGCGUCCCAGAAAACGUGUGGCCAUUGUUGGAGGAGGGCCUGGUGCAAUCUCCACCGGCAUCGCCUUUCUGAAGCGAGGUUUUGAUGUCCGCAUCUUUGAGCGGCAGUCAUCUUGCAAAGCGAUAGGCGGCGCGGUGUUGCUAUCCACCCCAGUGCUGGCCAUCCUCCGUAACUAUGGCAUCAGCGCCGAGCACUUUGGCUCCUUCACCGUAACCUACUUCAAGAACGAGGUAGGCAUGGCGCGAGUAGAGCUACCCUUCAAUCCGGAGAUUGAACGGAAAAUGGGAAUCAAAGGAUGGCACUAUGGUGUCCUGCGCUCUUCGAUUUUCAAGAAGAUGCUGGAGCUCGUACCUGAGCAUGUCAUCUUCCCGGGUCAUGAAUUCACUCACUAUGUCGAGAAAGAGAAUGAAGUCGAGUUGCAUUUCCAAAAUGGGCAGCACGUCACCGCCGAUAUUGUCGUCGGUGCCGACGGGAUUCGCUCUCAAGUCUCCCGACAAGCAUUUGGAGAUCCACAGCUCUUCCAUUGCGGAAUCCGCCUUUGGCUCGCUUGGUGCGACUACAUUCCCGGAAUCCCGCCAAAUACGGGCUUUAUCUCGCACGACCGACUCAACCAGGCGAGUUUCUUCCCCAUGACGCACGACGGCAAGCCAGGGUUCGAGUGGUGGGUGGUUGAGCCCUCCUAUGAGGGAAAGCCCAUCCCCAAAGACGUCAAAGCCCAUGUCGCGGGUAUUCUGAAGAACUGGGCAGAGCCAAUGCCUCGGUUCUUGGAAGCCACCGACUUUGACACCCAGGUCUACCGAUGGGAAAUUUACAAUCGACCUUCCUUGAAGAAAUGGUCGUCGGGACGAAUUGUCUGUGUGGGCGAUGCAGUGCAUCCCGUCUCGCCCUAUGCAGCGUAUGGAAUGGGCAUGGCAAUCGAGGACGGAUACUUUUUGGCCAGAGCUCUGGAUGGAGUCGACCUUCGUGACAAGCAUGCCGUUUCUGCGGGAUUCGAGCUAUAUGAGCAGGAACGAGUCGACUAUGUGAAUCACAACAUGGAGUUUGCGCGUCAUCUUGGCCGGUUGUUCCACAGUGUGCCUCGACCACUCGCCAACGUUCGGGAUUGGAUCUUUGACAACACCCCGCUGCUAAGCUACUUUAUGAAGAAUGGGUAUCUCAAAAACUCCGAAGAGGAGACGCUGCGACUGAAGGAGCUACACGUUUGCUGA